AUGUCAACAAAUGUUAACGAAGACAGGAAAAGGCUAAAGGAAUUAAUAAACGAGGCUUCUAAUCUCGAAAGGGAACUGAAGAAACAAGAGCAAGAAAAACGCAAAUUCAACAAUACUGAAAGCUUAACUGAGUUUGACGAAGAUGCAGAAUUUUUACGAAAUAGUCUCAAAGAUAUUUAUGAAGACCUUAUUUUAAUUGAUUUUAAAUUCUCCAACGAACACAAUAUCGAAGAAAAGCUUUGGCAACACGUCUUUUACAGUCAUAUCGAAGGACUUAGGCAGAAAUUACGCAAAAUUAAUAAAAAGGAAAAGGAAAACGAGCACGAAGCAACUUAUUUAGAACUGUGUCGUUAUCUCGAUUUAGGGACCGGUUUUUAUCACACUAUCGUGAAUGGCCUAAAAAUUCGAGAGAAUAUUGAUUUGGAUCGAAUUGGAAUUGGAAUAGUACUUCCGCCGCUUCCCGAAACGCGUCAAAACUCCGCAGGAAAGAGCUUGCAGCUGAAUGUAUUCAACGCUCAAUACCGUAACGUUGAACUUCGUAGCUUAAGCAUUGGAUUGGCUUUUGGCCUCUUGGUUCCAAUAAUGAAAAACUUUUACGAGGCAUGGGAUAUCGAGGAUCAGAUGAGUGAUAAGAUGAGAUCGAUAUUAAUAGAAUGUUUGACUGCCGUUUCUCUAUGGUGUCAAUAUUUGGGAACUUCGACGGAGACCCUGUCUCAAUCGUAUCUCUACGCCAAAUCUGUGGAAAAGGAGAAUAAGAUUAUAUUUCAGAUGUUUUUAAGAAAUUUGAAGAAUUUCUUCAGAUUAUUAUCCGAGAUUCUCAACCAUCCUAAGAUUUCCUUAUUGGGUGUAGACAAUCCGGAAUUGUAUAAGCAGUCUAUCAUUGAAGAUAUUGAAUUUCUUGGUGUGGUUCCCUUACGUACUUUGCAACAAGACAUUAUUUUCACAUCUAAAGCUGAUCCGCUGAAAGUAAGGAUAGCUAGAAUGGCCUUAUUUGGAAGGAAAAUGGCUGAACUUAAGUCACUCGAUGUAUUUACCUAUAAUGAAUCGAUGGGACAAUUUACCUUGAUCGACGAAGAAACUAAGAAAAAGGAACGUCAAAAACUCAUGAAACUAAUGGCACAACAAUUGUUGCAAGAUCAAGUGAACUCAUUAGAAACCAAUUUGCAAAAGAGGGGACUUCCUUUACAACGAAAGAAUACAACUUCAAAAAACACUGUUGUCUUUGACAUCGGUGUGAUUCUCAACCAUUUAAACUCGGUUAGAAAGUGGGUCGCCGAUGGAAAAUGCUAUGUGAUCGUCCCCCUGGAUGUUAUUGACUCGUUGGAUCUCAUUAAGAAAGGGAGCACCCAAGAAAAUGCAAGAGCCCGAGAGGCCAUCCGGUAUUUGGAUCAGCAAUUUCAAAAAAGACAACAAAAUCCUGGUGACUAUUUCAUUCGUGCACAGAAGGUGGAUGAAAAAUUACCUCAAUGGGCUCUUGCAGAGAAAUAUCUUAUUGGAGAAAACUAUCAAGAUAAUUUUGAUGAAUGUAAUGGGCAAGAAAAUGAGGAUGAAGAUAUGAAUCCAAUGGAAAAAUUUAGCGUGGACGACAUACCACAAGAAUAUCGUCCAACACUAAGCUGUUGGCUUUAUUACUUUCGGUUAUCUGAUAUUGGAGAAACAUUUUUCGUGACCGAAGAUAAAAUUUUAAUUAAAUAUGCUAAGAUGUUUGGUUUGCCUAUUGUAGAA